AAGAACGCUACUACUAUUAAGACUACAUUACCCAGAAUGCAUUAUUACGGUGUACAUUGAACGCAUUAGCUUACGUCACCAUCCGAGCGACCCUUACACUCUGCCUCUUUCCAGGGGCGCGCAAGGCAGCUCACAUGAAGAGAAGCUGUCAAACAGCACUAUGGUCGGCUGCGUUCUAUACCGCCUCAUGGACUCACGAGUCCCGUAUCUAACAUUGAAUUUGAGAAGAAUCUUGACAUGUAGCGUUAACUUUGAAUCCCAGCGACUGUAUUCCAGCGUUAAGCACGGGGAGGCUCAACUUGGAGUCGUGGACUCUGGAUUCGCUGCUCCUAACUUUGAUGCGUCUCUUAAGGCCAAGUCGAAUCAGGAAAGGCUGAGACACAACACACUGUUGCCUUUUUCAGCGUUCUUAACCGACAGCUUUGGCCGAAGGCACGACUAUUUGCGUAUUUCCCUGACAGAAAAGUGCAACCUCCGGUGUCAGUACUGCAUGCCAGAGGAGGGUGUUCAGCUGACACCACGAGGGCAGCUGUUGACUGCUUCAGAGAUACUGACUCUGGCUCGCCUCUUUGUCCAGGAGGGGGUGUCAAAGAUCCGUCUGACCGGAGGAGAACCUCUAAUUAGACCCGAUGUGGUGGAUAUUAUUGCUGAGCUGAAGAAGUUAGAAGGCCUGAAAACCAUUGCAGUAACAACUAAUGGCAUGAACCUGGCCAAGCUCCUGCCCAGGCUGAAACCUGCUGGUCUAGACCGCAUCAACAUCAGCCUGGAUUCACUUGUCCCAGCCAAAUUUGAAUUUAUUGUCAGAAGAAAAGGUUUCCACAAAGUCAUGGAAGGCAUAAAUAAAGCAAUUGAAAUGGGCUACAAUCCUGUCAAGGUGAACUGUGUGAUCAUGCGAGGCUUCAACGAGGACGAGCUGUUAGAUUUUGUGGCGCAGACAGAAAACAAACCUUUGGAGGUUCGUUUCAUCGAAUACAUGCCUUUUGAUGGCAACAAGUGGAACUUUAAGAAGAUGGUGAGUUACCAGGAGAUGCUUGACAACAUCAGGCAGCAGUGGCCCGACCUUGAAAUGCUUCAGACUGAACACACAGAGACUGCAAAGACAUUCAAGGUGCCAGGUUUCAAAGGCCAGAUUGGAUUCAUUACUUCCAUGUCUGACCACUUCUGUGGCUCUUGUAACCGAUUGCGCAUCACUGCAGAUGGCAACCUUAAGGUGUGUUUGUUUGGUAACUCUGAGGUGUCUCUCAGAGACAUCCUGCGCUCUGGGGCAUCAAAUGAAGAACUCUUGCAAGUAAUAGGAACCGCUGUGAGCAGGAAGAAGAAACAACACGCAGGUAUGUCCAGUAUCUCUCAAAUGAAGAAUCGGCCCAUGAUCCUCAUUGAGACCUUGUCCAAGACAAGCGACAGUUGGAUGACUCCCCACGCUGUUUGCCAUCCUUUAAAAAACACGUCAUCCUGUCCUACACCAGAGCUACAUGCUCCUCAGUUAAACAGCAGAGGGAACCGGGAGGACGUGUUCCUUUCAUGUCGCACUGCUACAAACCCAGCAUCCUGCAGAGAAUCCACUAUCAACAAAGACAAGCUUAAGACAACGGACAACCACCACAGUUUAGCUUGUGGUUUAAUGACAAACACUAAUGAUGGACAUGACAUGACUAAGGAACGCUGUCACCACACAGCUCAAGUCAACAAACCUACUGCUUUCAAGCAUCUGUUACUCAGGAACACAAGAAAACUGAUUCACCACCACGUAAGAAUGUGUCACAACCACAGCUCCAGAUCAGAUUCUAUUGACAAACAUGUGUCCAGUGAUCAGUCCAGUUCAGUAAUGGAAGUGUCAAGCAGUGAAGCCACCGAAGCUCGCCUGACACACACGGACGCUCAGGGCCGAGCCACCAUGGUGGAUGUCGGAGGGAAAGUUCCCACACGCCGGACUGCCGUGGCACGCGCCACUGUUAAACUGGGUCCCACUGCUUUCCUGCUGCUUCGUGACAACCAGCUGGCCAAGGGCGAUGCCUUGACUGUGGCACAAAUAGCUGGCAUCAUGGCCUCUAAGCAGACCUCAUCCCUCAUCCCGCUCUGCCACCCACUGUUCUUAAACCAUGUGUCUGUCAGCUUUGAGCUGGAAGAGGAGCACAGCGCUGCGGUUAUCACGGCCACGUGUAGCACGACGAGCCAAACAGGAGUAGAGAUGGAGGCUCUGACGGCUGUGUCUGUGGCAGCACUGACCAUCUAUGACAUGUGUAAGGCGGUGAGCCAUGACAUCGUUAUUACUGACGUGAAGCUGGUCAGGAAAACGGGGGGGAAGAGGGACUUUAACUGACAAGAUUCACCACCUCAGCUACUUUUGAAUCAUGGGAAAAAGGCCAGACAUCUGUUCUGUUCUGGUUUGUGUAAUUACUGCAUCACAAGCUCCACACUGAACCCUCAAAAAGUCUUGGUUUAAAUUUGGUGUCGAGAGAUAAGAAUUGUGUCAGUUGUGGACAGAGCUAAAAAUUGAGCAAAUGAAUUAUUCCUCUUUUAGAUGGAGAAGUAAAUCUCAACCAGGUGAGAGGCAGCGUGUGAAGUGGACAGGUCACACAUCUGGACGUGAACAUUUUAACAGGAAGAACUGCAAUAGGAAUGACCAGAAAAAAAUCCAGUAGUUUUUCCAAAACAGAACAUCUUUCCUACUAAAGAUCAAUAAAAUGUAAACAAUAUUAAGGUGGCUUGAUAAUAAUGUGUAUGUAUAUAUAUACACAUAUACACACAUACAGUAUGUAUUCACAUGCACACAUUACAAAAAAGUAUUGUAUGCUUAAGUUUUAUGAAUGGAAGUUCUUUUUAUAAUUUCUCAACAUACGUUUUGUCUUCCAUGCAAUUCCAUGUCUUAAUUUUAUUUCCUCAUACAAUAAUACACCUCCUUAUUGUUGAUUAAGUUCAUGUACUAUAAUAAUACUUUGUUGUAAUAUGUAGUUUUGGCACCUUAAAAAAUUAAAAAUGAUGUUAAAUUAUUUGUACACUAACUUCACCAGUGUUUUGUCCCUUAAACUAAUUAGAAAUGCUGUUGCUGAAGUUAUGCAUCUGAUUUCUUAACAGUCAGUGUUAUUUGUUAUUUCUUUCAUCUUUUUUGACUAAAGUCCUUGGAGGUGAUGAAAAUAAUCAAUGAUAAUAAAGUCACUUGAAGCA